CAAAUAAUCUGUAUGAAGCGAACUAAGAGAGACUUUCGAAGAGGCAAUAUUUCCUACUGAGUACAAACAUAAUUUCGCCAGAGAAAAUACAAAUAAAAGCAGCAAAAAUGACUACAAACACUAUUUCGCCGGCAACUGCCACCCCUACUCCCGCAUCCACAACCGCAUUCAGUAAUAGCAGUGCAGAUCAACUCCCCACGCCAGCGCCGAGUAAUAAGAGCUUCGACCAACUCACCUUUGAAAAUUACAGUUACAGCGUUUACAUGCACCCCACGCUGUCAGAGUAUUAUCCGAAUCUCACACCCUUCGUCACACUUUGUCUCUUUGUGGGCAUUUUAAUUCUCAUGCUAAACAUUUCCAUAUUUCUCACGACGGUGGCUAAACUGAAACAACGUCUGCGCAAACCGCUACUUGCGCCCUCUAUAGCACUCGUUUCACUCUAUCCGCUCAUUAGCCUGGUGGCGUUACUCACUCUACUUCUGCCGAAAAUUUGGUUCAGCUGUCACACUGUAAUGCAUCUGUUAUUCACUGUUGGUGGGAUUAUCUUCCAUCAGCUGUGUUUGCACUAUAUCGGUUCGGAGGUGAGCUUUAUCAAGGAAACCGCAGGUAUGGCUGUGCCGAUUAGAACACCGCCAUGUUGCUGUUGUUGCAUAUGCUUGCCGGGCGUGACGCCCACGCGCGGUCGUUUUGUGGUGCUGCGUUGUAUGGUGUGGCAGAUGGUGUUCGUGCAGGGCAGCAUAAUGUUCGUAUUGAAUGGCAUCUACUACAAUGAUAUGGAUCUAUUCCUCGAUGUACACUUAUACUUCUUACCAUUCAUCAUUUGCUCGAUUAUACUCGGCGUUUGGGGGCUGAAUAUUACUGUGCGUGUGGUAAAUAAUCUGCAUUCGGAUUAUAGCACUAUGAAAAAAAUGUUUUGCCUACAAUUAGUUGUGUUACUUUGUAAAAUGCAGUACAUAAUUUUAGAUCAACAAUUGGAUCGAGUUUUGCUUGGGGGCUUGUAUCCAAUGAAUCACGUUAUAUACAAGCAAACCAUCAUCAACACUUUGAUCUUAGUGGAAAUGAUUUUGGUGUCGCUAUUCGCGCAAAAUGCGUACAGAAUUCCAAUUCAAAUCGAAGAUAAUUAAAGACAUGCAAAUAAGAAUACUUUAAAUAUAAAUAAGUUACUCAAGUACAGCACUAGAUAAAUAUUUAGCUACUAUUUAUUAUACUUAAUUAGUUUGUUUGUUUCAAAAGUAGUCUACACACAUUGUAUACGAACUAUUUGGUAUUAUAAAAUACCAAAAAAGUAAAGUAGUAAGAUUAUUUUCAUAAAAUCUGUAUAUUAUGUACUUAUUGUUUGUGUUGUCUUAAAGUUUAAAAGGCCAAGAAGCUUAAAACAUGAAUUUUAGCACAAUAUUUUUUUUAAUAUUUUUAAAUUUUUACGCAACUGCUAUGGUAUACAUACCUACUGAGACACGCACGUCUAUAUGUAUAUAUAUUUAUAUUUAA